AUGCUAACAUGCUAUCUGCUCCUGGUUCUACAAUAGACAACCAAAGCCAACUAAAAAACCUGUUCGUUCACAUUAACCUCUUAAUAUGAAUAUAAUAUUUCCACUUAACCAUCUUUGUACCGCUAGCAUUGCUUUAAGAGGUUUAACGUUGAAGUGAAAGCGGCGUAAUACAAAGCUAAUGUGAGCUGUAGCCUUUUGUUAGCUGUCAAAGCACUUGCGAAGCUGAAGACGAGUUAUAAGAGACUCUCUCUGAAAGAAAGGUUUCCUGGACAUUUAGUUAAUAUGUCUAGAGUCCAAGUGUUGAGAUCUUUGGUGGACCAGAGGCUGACUGCUGCUGUUGAAGAGGUAUUCGCGCUGUUUGAAAGAACCAUAGCAGAAUACGAGGAGCAACUUAGGAGAUCAAAAGAGGAAAACCAUCGACAACAAAAACUGCUGGAUGCUGUUUUAAACCCUGAAGUCCAGCUACACAGAACGGAUGUCCAGCAAGUGAUGGUGAGAGAGGAUGAAGUUCUCCUUCAGCAGCAGGAGAGAAGCUUUAGCCUGAAUCUGGAGAAGCCACCAGAGCCAGCACACAUUAAAGAGGAACCGGAGGACCUAUGGAGCAGAGAGCAUCUUCAAGGAGCAGAGGAGGCUAAAAUCGAUAUGUUCACUUUCCCUCCCGUUCCUGUUGAUAGUGAAGAGGAAGAUGGCAAGAAACCUCUGACCUUACAGCUUCAUGAAGACCAAAGUCAAGAGACCAGAGACACAGAGCAUUUGAAAAAGGAAGCUAAUGGAGAGGACUGUGGAGGAUCAGAAGCAGACAGGGACAAUAAUCCAUACAGUCAUUUACAGGCAGUUACUCAUGACAAGACUUUACUUUUCUCUGGAUGUGAUACUGAUGACAGUGGUGAUUGGGAGGAGAGUGAUGGACCUCAGGAAGGUUUAAACCCCCAGCAAAUCAAAUAUGUAGCUGUAGGUGAUAUGACGUAUAGCCCUGGGAACACAUCAGUCAACUCCUCUGAAUGUGCUCCGAACUUUGGGCAGGAAAAACAAAAAAAGACACCCAGAUUAACCUAUACAAGAAAGAAACUAUUUAGUUGCUCGGUAUGCAGGAAAAGUUUUCCUUGGAGAAAAGCAUUGGUGAUGCACAUGAGAAUCCACACAGGCGAGAAACCAUUUAGCUGUUCAAUUUGUCAUAAAAGUUUUUCUCAGCAAGGAAAUCUGAAACAACACUUCACCGUUCACACAGGGGAGAAACCAUUUAGUUGCUCUGUUUGUGGAAAGCGAUUCACAAGAAGUGGAGGUGUAAAAAGGCACUCCAUUGUCCACACAGGGGUGAAACCAUUUAGUUGCUCAGCUUGUGGUAAAAGAUUUUUGAGUAAGAACAACUUAGAUGAACAUGUGCAACGCCAUUCGUUAGAUAAACCUUUCAGCUGCUCAAUUUGUAAGAAAGGUUUUAUCAAGAAAGCAGAGGUUGUGACACACAUGAGAAUCCACACAGGAGAGAAACCAUUUAGCUGCUCAGUUUGUGGGGUAAGAUUUUCUCAGCCUGGAAGCCUGAAGCAACACCUGACUGUUCACACAGGGGAGAAACCGUAUAAUUGCUCAAUCUGUGGAAAAAGGUUUACAAGAAGUGGAGGUGUUAAAAGACAUGCUUACCUCCAUGCAGAGGAGAAACCAUUAAGUUGUUGUGUUUGUGAUAAAAGAUUCACACGGCUAGAGCAUUUCAAAAAUCACCAAUGUGUUGGCGAGAGCAGUGGAAAUCCAAAUUAAGCCGUCCUUUUAUUUCAAUGGUCCAUCUAAGAUGAAGCCAAUUAAUCAAUUAAAUUAUUUAUUUGUGUUUUUAUUGUUGUUAUUUCUGUCGGUUUAAAGCAGAUUUUCUGUUAUGCUGCAACUGUGCUAAAUAAUGCUUAGUGCUUUGCUUAUGGUGAAAGAAUGUUAGAUCUUUAUAAAUAAUAUAAAAAAGCAUAAAAUCAGCAUUUACACUUUCUGUAAAGGCUCUCAGAAUAAAAUGUGCUAUGACUUGGGGCUAUACAAGUAAAGACUAGUUGGUUGUUUUAUCUACCUUAAUAAUUAUUCUCUUCGGUUUCACAGUUUGUAUUUGUUUAAAAAUGUUUUGAAUAGACAUAACAUGUUUUUAUCACCUACGCAAAAUCUUGGUUGCUAUUUUUUUGAGAAAUUUUAAAUGCUACUCAUGAGUUACUUAACCUACCGCUAAGUUGCGACAGCAUUGUCACCCUCCACAGAGCCAGUUUCCAUACAUGCAUGCUGAUGCUACACACCUGACCACAUGGUCCCUCUCAGGUCUCUCAACCCAACUAUGUACACUGAUAAUUAGUCCUGCAACGCCUCUAGCUUGCCAGACAGUGAACCCCAGGAUCACCCCCUUCCAUGCGAACACAGAGACAUUCUUUAUCUUACCUACCUUCCCACUG